AUGACCCUUACUGCCUCCUGCAGCUCCCUUUGUGAUUUGGGGCUUCAUGACCUGGCCCUCGCUGUCCAGCUCCAGCGCUCCGCUGUCCAGCCCAUCGCCCUUAGCGGUUACUACUCAGCAACCCAUGCCGGACAGAGCGGCGGCGGCAGCCGCGGCGGUGGUAGUGGCGGCGGCAGCCGCGGCGGCAGCGCGGGCGGUGGCGGCAGCCUGGCCAGCCUCGGCAGCCGACAAACUCGCAGCAAACCCUACCAAAACCACCUCCCUUCCUUUUCCGACUCAAUUCCAUCUUUGGACACCAGCCUGCCGUACAGCUCCCUCGGUGGGGCCGACGCCGCGCUGUAUACCUCCGCGGAGGCUCACGAAUUGGGCAUGGAUAGCGGCGGGGGCCACCUGUACGGCACCACAGGUGCCCCUGGACCAGGCCGACCCACGGGUCAUCAUCCAUCAGCGCCGGGGCCUGCCCGUUCCGGCGGCCGGGGCUCCUCUGUUGGCGGGCAAGAUGAGGAGGGAGGCGGUAUCCGGCUACAGAUCCUAGCACUCCAGGAUCAGCUGUCUCUCCUGGGCGAGCAGGUCAACGCAGCCUACCGGGCGGCGGACGCCGUGGAAGCGGCGCCGGGCGGGGGAGGCGGCGGUGCUGGUGGGGCCCCCGGCAGCCGCAUACCCGGCAGUGGCUUCCCCCGGGCUCACGGCCAUCAGAUCCAGCAAUCGCAGCUGCUUCAAUUUGGCCCACGGCCCCAUGAGUCAUCCGGCUCCGUCGACAUGGCGGCGGCGGCGGCGGCCGUGUCAGGACCGGGCGGGCCGUUCCGUUCCGUAAGUCCGGCGGCGGCGGCGGCGGCUACAGCGGCGUUAGCUUCUCAGCGACAGCAACAGCACCAGAAUCCCCACCACCAGCAAUAUCCAGGCUUGAGCACGGGCUCACCCUCCCGCCACUCCCCGCCACAUCCAAACCUCCAACCCUCCGCCUACUCCAACGCGUCAUCAUCCUUUCGCGGGGUUGGCCUUGGCGGCGGUGGCAGUGGCGGCGACUUUCUGGCCACAGCCGCCGCUGCCCAAGGCGGCGGCGGGGGCUUCGGCCCUAACGGCGGCUCCGCCAUGCCGAGCUCAGCCCAUGGCGCCGCCGCCAUCGCCGCUGGCAUGGUCGGCGGCGGCAGUAGCAGCUUCGGGCUGCUGCCGCCAACCGCUACAGCCACCACCACUGCCACCUUUAUCAGCGGCGGCUCCUCCCGGCCACAUUCCCGUCAUGCAAUGAUGGCGGAACGGGAGGCGAGUGUACGGGAGGACGAGCGGCUUCGGAGCUGGAUCCAGGAGUUACGGGCGGAGCGGCGGCGGCUGGAGGACCGGUUACUGGAAAGUGACCCGUCGGGGUCGACUGGUACGGCAGCGGCGGCGGCGGCUCAACAGACACGGGACGAGCUUGAGCGGCAGGUUCUGGCACUUUCCCGCCAACGCGAUCAGCUGGUUUCGGAGCUUGACGAUAUGGGGGUCACUCAGGCGACCAACAUGCAGCUGGCGGGGCAGGUAGAAGCGCUGCAUGCGGCACUUGCAGCGGAGGCGGAGAAAGUUGUACGACUCAAGGAGGUUCGCCCCGUGCUGGAGGGUAAGUUGGCUGACGUGGCGGCCUCCCUGGAGUCCAUGAGGCGCCAACACGCGGCCGCAUUGCAGGCGGUGGGGCAGGAGAGGGACGCGGCGGUGGGCAAGGCCAAGCGCCAUGGCAAGCGUGUGUGCGAGUUGGAGGCGGCGCUGGAGGCGGCCCACGGGGAAGUACGGCGACUGCAGGACGAAAUCCGGUCUCACGUCAUGUCGCUGGCUGAGAUGCGGGCCAACGGGGAGGUGCUGCAAUCAGCCAGCCAGCAAAUGCAGGCUAAUAUGGAGGCUCAGGCCAGGGAGACUGCCACACGUCUGGCGGCUGUGCAGUCCCAGCUGGAGGCCAGUCAAUCCGAAUGCGUGAUUUUGAGGAAGCAGCUGGAGGCCGCUCAGAGGGAGACUGGGGCGCUCCGAGACCAGCUCAAGGACGCGCAGGGGCGCUUAGAGACGGUGUUUUCGGAGCGGUCUCGAUUAGCGGGCGCACUGGCGGCGGAACAGCGGUGUACGGCAGCUGUACGGCAACAGGUGGACUCACUAACUGCCCAGUUGAAGGCGGGCGAUGAGGCUCGUGCUGAUCUGGCCCGAGCUGCGUCUGCUCAGUUGGAGGCUGUGAAGCGGCAACAUGUGGCGGAUCUGGCGGCUACACAGAAACAGUACGAAUCCCAGUUGGCGGUUUCGGAGAAACAGUACUUGCUGCUACAGCGGCAGUACGACGCAGGGAUAGCGGCCAGCAGUCAGGCGACGGAGGCGGCGGCCACGGCGAGGAGGGACCGAGACGCGAUGUGGGCGGAGACACAGAACCUAAAAACAGAGCUGGAGGAGCUCCGUACGGAGCGCAACGACCUCUCGUCCAAGCUCUCCAGUUUGAGAGCGGAGGUUCGCACCACGAUGGAAGAGGUGUCCAAGGACAGGGAUUCCAAACUCGCCGCCGCCACCACCCAGCACGAGGCGGCUGUUCGGGAGGUACGAGCCGAGGCGGAGAAGCGUAUCACCGCUGUACAGCAGGACUACGAAACCAAAUUGGCCAACGUGAUGGGCGUUGCUGAGAAGUUGCGCACCGAGGCUCAGGAUGCCCAGCGCCAGGCGGAAAAGUACCGGGCUGCCGCGGGACACCUGAAGGAGCAGGUCCGCGACUUGCUGCUGAGCCGUGACGCCGCAGAACGGGAGCUGUCUUCGGAGCGAGCAUUCAACGAGGAGCUCAACCGCAUCCUAACCAGCCUCAGGGAGGAGCAGCAACACCAACAUCACAACGCGGCCUUGCACCCGCCGCCGCCGCCGCCACAGCAGCCACAGCACCCGCCGCCACCGCAGCAGCAGCAGCAGCAGCAUCCGCCGCCGCAAAAGAGCUGCGUGAGAAGGCGUAGUAGCGCUAUGUGCACCAGAACUACAAAGGACUUCUGUGUGUGCUUUGCCAAGCCAUUUAGCCCUAGCGCCAAGAAGCGUCUACAUGUACGAGAGGACACCUACAUUUGGUGCAUCUAA